CCGAGGCAUCCCGCGAUGAGUUUUAUACAGACUGUUCCUUCUUUGCUGAGGAGAGUCUGAGUGGAGCGUGAAAGCAUCCCAGCUCCAGUACGGGACAAACCACACGACCAUCCAGACCAGCUCCAGCACCCGACAUACAGGCAGGCAGGAGACAUAGAAAUCAUGGCCCGGUUACUCAGGAUAACCCACAGACCUUAUUGUGAGCAGUUUCAUGAAGGGACUAUUUUCUGUCUUCCAAACUACACCUGCCAACCAGAUCACCGCGCAGAAGGAGACGUGCAUCGACUCAUGGACGAGAGGCUUGUGACAAUGCGAGAUAGGAAGAUAAUGAUGAUGCAGUCAGGCCUGGAUGACAUGACCAAGCAGAGGAUGUUGCAGGCUAAGGCUCUGUCUAAGGGGGCCAGGGGAGGGGGUCUGAACCUUGGGAAGAAGAUCAGCGUUCCAAAGGACGUGAUGAUGGAGGAGCUCAACCUCCCGUCUAAUCGGGGCUCUCGCAUGUUUCAGGAGAGACAGAAGAGGGUGGAGAAGUUCACACUGGAGGAUGCUGCAAAUGGUCCUGUUUACAAAACCAACACUGUCCAUGCAGAAGCCAUUCCUCCCCCACAGGUCAUCCCAGAGCUGCAGGGAGGAAAAGAGAACCAGACUUUCUCCAUCCCUGGUAAGCAUAGCCUGGUCAUGAACCUUCAGAAGACUGUAGCAAAGAAGGGCAGUCCUGAUGUCCUCGCUCCAGGAUAUUCUGGUCCUCUCAAAGAUAUUCCUCAUGAGAAGUUCAACACAACAAUAAUCCCCAAAUCCUUCAGUUCCCCAUGGAGAGAGGCUUUGGGAGACAACACAGAGCUCCUGAACACCAUCUAUACCCAGCUGCCCCAGCUCCCACAAGGGCUACAACCAGCCAACUACAGGUGCUUCAACAGAUCCGCCAUGCCAUUCGGAGGAGCUAUGGCCAGCAGGAGGGUCAUCCCAGUGAUUGGCUUUGAGGCGGUGGAAUCCCAGAACCUGCCGGGCAUCGCUCUGGAGCGCAUGUGUCGACGGCCCAACUUCAACAGAGCACCCAGGGGAUGGGGCACUGAUCACUGCCCUGAAUCUAAUGAACUAUGAAAAGGGGGCUGAUCAGCUUAAGACUAAAGCACUGAUCUAUGCUUGCUGCUCACUUUCUGCAAAGAUGAUACCUCUGUUAAUCAGUGGGCACUGCAGGAGAGAGAGAAACACUCCUGCAUGAUACAUAAAGUGGUUUGCUGCUGCUUGGCCAGACGAGGUAAACCCUGACUGUUGGAAUCUGUUCAUCACUACAGUCGAGUCCCUGACAACGCUGCCACAAGCUCAACAGCUUUCCUUUUGCUAUCCUUCGCAGUAUCUGAUCCCAUCAGUCAAUACCUGACACCCUUCUGUCCCCUCUCCCAGUCUGCAUCUCAUCAUUUAUACGCUGUAACUUUACAUCUUCAUCUCCCCCUUUGUCCAGUAAUACUGUGCAAGAGCAAAUCAGGGUUCCCACACCUUGAUCAACAUCAAAUUCAAGGACUUUCCAGGCCCAUUUUAAGACCCAACGCGGAAAAGCUUGAAACAUGGAUCAAGGUUAAUUACACAAUUAAAAACAGAGAGGCUUAAAUGUAUGAAUGCCUCUCAAAUGUGCUGAUACAGUGAUGACUGACAAUAUCAGAAGAACUACAUUUUUUACUCUUGCACAAAAUAAAAAAAUCCAAGCACUUUCAAUGAUUCAUGUUUGUGCCAGCUAUUUAAAAAACAUUCAAGGCCAUGAUUUUUUCCCCUCAAAUUCGCAAACAAUCAAGGAUUUCAAAGGCCCGUGGGAACCCUGGCAACUGUAGGAGAUAACUCAGCAGGAGUGUUAAUGAACAACAUGAACUCGCACAUGAUCAAUGACAAAAUUAGGUCAUUUUAAUGACAAGUGAAAACAAAGUAAGCCUUACAAUAAACAAAGUCAAUAUGCUGUGGAAUAUUAAGUUUGUGUCAAAUAAAAAAGUAACUGAAAAUUAAAAGCUUUAAAAAAA